AUGCUGUGGAUUGUGUUUUGGUUGAGACCUCUAGACGGGUGGAAUUUUGGUCUCUCUUGUCAUUGUAUUGUUGACGAUGUGUACAACCAAUUAAAAACUCAGGUUGUUGAAAAUGAUGGAAUCCGUGAACAAUCAAGAAUUCGAGAAGGAGGUGACAGAUUUUAUACUGCAGCAUCUUUUGAGCCAGGACAACUUCUACAUUAUGUAAAAGAUUUGGCACAAGGGCCACAUGGUGAUGUUGACCGACUAGAACAUGUGGUAGCUCGAGCUCAAACGGCAGCCUUUUAUAGAUGGAAGGGUAUUUAUCAUCUGGCCAAAUUUGGAUUGUUGAUAGGGUAUGUAAAUAAUGAGGCUGAUGCUCCAGUCAUUGCUGAGAAAGAGAAUCCUGAAGGGAUUGUUGGUGGCAAUUUUCCACCAGUAACCAUUAAAGAGGAUGAUAACAGGCCUCAAAAAAGGAAGAAAACAUCUAAUGAUAGUGGUCAUGUGACAAAAAAGGUCAGGUGCUUGUCUGACUUGAUAGGUAAGAAGAGCGUAAAAGAGGAAGAUGGCAAGGGGAUUAAAGGAAAAUUAGGCAGUAAAUCCAUCUCAUCUUCUGCCAGGAGACAAAAAGAGGUCAAAUCUUUUCCUAAUGACUCAACUCCCUCAAGAACUAAGGAAAGCAGUCCUCGGGGAACAACUAUGCAAUUGAAAGACACAAAGCCGUCAUUUAGAGUAGGAGAAAGCAUUCUAAGAGUUGCAGGUCAACUGAGCCAGUCAUCGCCUUUACUCAAACUUGAUGUGUCCUCGCAUACGAAAACUAGCAAAGAUGAAGGUAACAACAAGCAAUGCAGCAAACUCACUUCUGAGUAUGCUUCUAUUGAUGUAAUUCUUUCAGAGCUACACUUGGCUGCUAUUGAACCCCUCAAACAAUACAGUUUGUUGAGUAAGAUGGUCACUUUCAUUUCCGUUUUUAGAAAUUCAAUUGUUCCUGACAUUGAGCUCUUGCAGAAGCAUGAAAAGUCUGGGGAGGAAGAUACAACUGACAGUCCUAAUGAAGUACUCUCUGGGCCAGGACCUGCUGAAAUAGAUGCAGUAGGGUGUAUUUCUGGUACGAAGUCUAAACCAAAGGCAUCUGAAUCUGAAAUUACGACACCAUCAGACGUCGAAGGUGUAGAGGAUGCUUGUUGCACGAACCGAACCAUCAAAGUCUUUGAGCAACAAACUUUGUUGAGUGAUAUUGAGAUGGAGUCUACAGUUUCAUCACCUCCUCGCCAUUGUGGAUCUGAAAAUGGUACACCAGAAGGGGGGCAAUUUGAUGUGAAAAAACAGCUGGAAGAUUCACCAACAGCUUUAACUUUGAAAUUCACUGACAUGGAUUCUAUUCCUACAGAAGCUAAAUUAAUUAAAAUUUUCAGUCACUUUGGUUCUUUGAAGGAGUCAGAAACUGAAGUAUUGGCCAAAAAACUCUGUGCCAGGGUGGUGUUCAAGAGACGUUCAGAUGCUGAAACAGCCUUCAGUAGUUCAGGGAAGUUUGAAAUCUUUGGACCUUCACUUGUUUGUUAUCGGCUUAACUAUGCCCCAUCUCCACGCAAAUCUCCUUCUAUUGAAGCUAAGCGUAGAAGGAAAGACUGA